ACAAAUAGAAUAUAAAAUAUUUUUGAGUUUUUGUGAAGAGUAUUUCAGUUGUUACGCGUUUGUUCAACGGAUUUAAUGUGCUUUCGUGCUGGGCGUUAAAACGCCACAGUAAAAGGCUAAAAUAGUUUUUUUUAAAAAAAAAAUUAAAUAGUUUUCUUUCCUCUGUCGUUUUCACACCAUAAAAAGUGUUAAUUUUAUUAAUAACAGCUAAAAUUAAGUGUCUCUAAUUUGUAAAUCAAAAAACAAGUAGUUCUAUAGAAUUUCGUAAAAAGAAACGACUAAAUUCAUCUGAUCCACAAUGUCGAUGACAGCAUUGGGUAUUAGUACUGGCUUUAUGGUGGGCUGUUGUGUGGCCGCACAAAUAGCCCGGCGUGUAGCCAAAAAUGUCUUCAAAGAUGAGGGCAUUGUACCGAUUUUGGUAAAUGAAGCAAUAGCGGCAGCCGAAUUAUGUGCCUGUUGUUUUGAACUGAUUAUUGUGGCUGAUAACUUUGGCGUAGCUGCUUAUGCGGUGUUUCUCUUCCUGCUCACCGUGUGGUGGGGCAAAGUAUGGGGCGAUGCUUCUGCUUGUCCUUACACUCAUAUGGAAGAUUUGAUAGAGGGAAAAACUUCCUUGAAAGAGGUGGCUUUACGUACUUGGGCUGAAUUAAUGGGUGGCUGUUGUGUGUAUCGCAUUGUACAGGUUUUCUGGUGGUUUGAAUUUGCCGAGACACAUGCCGGUCGUGCCUUUGAAGAUUGCAAUGCAGAUUUACAGGUUAAUCCCUAUAUGGGCGCAGUAAUUGAAGGUUUUGCUACACUCUUGUGUCGCUUGGCAUCGAAGACUCUUAGCGAAAAGGAUCCCAAGUUUUGUAGCAUUAUUGAUUCGUUUAUUGGUACUAGUCUGGUGGUAGCUGUUUACGCCUUUAAUUAUAUUAUGUUUUCAGCUUUUAACUUUUCGGGCGGCUAUUUCAAUCCGGUAUUGGCCACCGCUCUGAAAUGGGGCUGUCGUGGUCAUACCAAUUUAGAACACAUCAUUGUCUAUUGGAUUGGUGCUUGUGUAGGUGCUAUACUCUCGGUGCCACUGUUUAAGAUAGCGGCUAUACGAAAGAUCUUACUUGGGCCCGACUUAUCCGAAAAGAAGAAGGCGGAAUAAGAUUAGGACUUCGGAAUGAUAUUAAGGCAGCAUUAAAGCUAUAUUGUUGAUUGUUAUUUAUUAUUUAUUUAUUAAAUUGUAACAAAAAAAGUGUUAAAUUUAGAAGAAUAUUAAUCUAAUACUCAGAAUUAUUAAUUUAAUUAGUUAUUAAUAUGGAUUAUGUACUUCAUAGACGAAUGACAAUAAAAUGACAAUAUUUGUUGAUUUUUUUUUUAAAUAA